UGGAAUUACAAAUUAACAUACACUAAAAAAUCUCACUCUGCCUGCCAUGGCUGCUGCUGCUGCUGCCGUGGCUGCUGCUUCUUCUUCUCCAUUUCUCGGCCACACCUCCUUUCACGCCAGGAAAACAUCUGUUAAUAGAUACAGACGUAAUUCAGAUGUUGGAUUUAGCAUAAAAGCUAUAUUUUGGGGGCCAAGGAAGGCCGCGGAGCCCACCAAACUGGACUUGUCCCUUGGCGAUUUCAGUUUGACAGAAUCAGCAUCUGAGGGAGAUACCACUAGUUUCGAUAAAUCCAGAAAGCUAUCAGUUCAAGUGGUUUCGUCGAUCUCAGAGGUUUCAGCGGAUGAAUGGGAUGCUUGCAGUCUUGAUGCUGCAGGUCUGGAUAAAUUUAAUCCGUUUCUUACACAUGGUUUUCUUUCAAGCCUAGAGGACUCGGGCUCUGCAGUGAAGGAAACAGGAUGGCUUCCACAACAUAUUGUUGCUCGGGAUGAAUCUGAUAAAGUUCUUGGAGUGAUUCCUCUCUACCUGAAAAGCCAUUCUUACGGUGAAUAUGUGUUCGAUCAUUCAUGGGCAGAUGCCUAUUACAGUUACGGGUCGAGAUAUUAUCCGAAAUUGCAGUCCUGUGUGCCAUUCACACCUGUUACCGGCUCGAGGAUCUUAAUCCGUAAUACAAAUUACAGAGAUCAGGUCUUUGAUAUCUUAGUCUCUGCUAUGAUAGCACUGACAAUCAAGUUUCAGGUUUCGUCGCUGCACAUCACUUUCCCAUCUGCAAAUGAGUGGGGGAAGCUGAAGGAGAAGGGCUUUCUGCAGAGAGUCGGAAUGCAGUAUCACUGGAAAAAUCAUAAUUAUAAAAGUUUCGACGAUUUCUUGAUGGACAUGAAGCAAAGUAAAAGGAAAAAUAUCCGUCAAGAGCGCAAGAAGAUUUCUACACAGAAUUUGACCAUGAAACGCCUAAGAGGAUAUGAAAUUAAGGCUAAGCACUGGGACACGUUCUAUAAGUUCUACAAAAACACUACAGAUAACAAGUGGGGUAGUGCUUAUCUAACAAGAGAUUUCUUCCACAACAUGGCUUCAAAAAUGGGCGACAAUGUUCUUCUUGUAGUUGCGGAAGAAGGGGACGAACUUGUCGCUGGAGCACUUAAUCUUAUCGGUGGAGAUACUUUAUAUGGACGCCUUUGGGGUUGCCUCCCCGAAGCAUACUACCCAAGUCUACAUUUUGAAGCCUGCUAUUAUCAGGCUAUAGAAGCAGCAAUUGAAUUUAACCUUGACAAGGUAGAGGCUGGAGCACAAGGUGAGCAUAAAAUUCAGAGGGGCUAUUUGCCGGUGCCUACCUACAGUUGUCACUUUAUUCUCGAUGAAGGUUUCAGGAGAGUCAUUUCCGAUUUCUUGCUACGUGAAAGAGCUCAGCUUGAACAUGUCAUGGAGUUAUUACACGAAUCUAGCCCGUUCAAGGACAACGCUGCUUGAUUUGCUAAAAGUGGAUAUCAAGCAAUCGGAACGUUCUUCGCCUGUAAGAAAGCAUCCUCUCUUAUUCAGAUUGAUAAAACAUUAUUUAAAAAGGUGGAAAUUGCGAAUACAGAAAGGUCCGUAUUUAUACUGUACAGGCUCCGCCGAAAUAGAAAUAACAGGUGGAUACAGAUUGAUGAAGUAUGCCGUAUGUUGUACAUAUGUUGUAGGAGAAUAAUCCCUUGGACGAAUUUGUAAAUAAUAUUACUAAGCCAUUACUAUCAUUAUUAUUCGUCGUGUAUUAAACUCGAAAACAAUACAGUUAGACGAUUGUACGAUACAUUCAGCCACAUGGCACAAGAUGCGGUAAUUGGUGAAACAUAUAUCAAGAAUUAGCUACUUGAAUUCCUA